AUGAAUUUCAAUGGCGCUACAAAUUCUAUAUUGAAAGAUGACCACAAAAUACAUCCAUUCAAGAAGAUAGCAAUGGCACACAAGGACGAUACUAAUGAAUACGUUGAUUUGAAAAAUUACCAGGACUCAUCUAUUAAUGAUAGCAAUUAUUCCUUGUACAAAGAUAAUUUCAGCGAUGACAAUAGCUUAUCUGUUCGUUCAAAUACGGAUAUAGACGUCAACGCUACGAGCAAUGGAGAUAUUGCUUCCUCAGCAGUCACUUCAGAACUAAAUUUUAAAAAGCCUUCUGUCUCUAACAGGCACGACAGGAAAAGAACAAAAUCCAUGGACUUAUCACAUUUGUACCGUAAGGAUGAGGAUUCAGAUUCAGAAUUCACAGCUACAAAUGAAUUUAUAGCAAGUGCAUCACAUGAAAUAUUACAACAGCAGUUAGAUGAAAACCCCUCUGCAUUAACUCCAAGACUAGAGACUAUUGAAAUGUAUAGACAAAAUUUGAAAAAAUCUAAAGAUCCAAUAGCUUUAUUUGAAUUUGCACAAUAUAUGUUACAAACUGCAUUAUCAAUGAAAUCUUCAGAUGGUGCUAUCUCAAACAAUGGAAUGAAUUUACAAUUCAAUGCUGAGGAUGGAAUAGACUGUAUGGAAUUGAGAAAGCAAUUUUUAAAAGAAUCGCAUCACUAUUUAAAAAAGCUGGCCUCGAAAGGUUACGUUGACGCUCAAUAUUUAUUAGGUGAUGCUUAUGCAUCAGGUGCUUUUGGGAAAGUAGAUAAUAAAGAAUCAUUUAAUCAAUUCCGUGCAGCUGCAAAGCAUGGCCAUGUUGAAAGUGCAUAUAGAGCCUCCUAUUGUUUAGAAAAUGGGCUGGGUACAACAAGGGAUUCAAAAAAGUCAAUUGAUUUCUUGAAAUUUGCAGCGACAAGAAACCAUCAAUCAUCUAUGUUUAAGUUAGGUUUAUAUUCAUUUUAUGGAAGAAUGGGUAUUUCUGAUGAUAUCACUACAAAACAAAACGGUAUCAAAUGGUUAUCCAGAGCUGCCGCCAGAGCUAAUAAACUUACAGCCGCUGCUCCAUAUGAAUUGGCAAAGAUUUAUCAAAGAGGUUUUUUAGAUUUGAUCAUACCUGAUGAAAAAUAUGCCGUUGAACUAUACAUCCAGGCUGCGUCAUUGGGCCAUACAACAUCAGCCGUGCUACUGGGGCAAUUGUACGAAACUGGGAAUUCGUCUAUAAAACAAGACGUUUCACUAUCUGUUCAUUAUUAUACCCAGGCAGCAAUGAAUGGCAAUCCAAUUGGUAUGAUGGGACUUUGUGCAUGGUACAUAUUAGGUGCGGAACCUGCAUUUGCUAAGGAUGAAUCAGAAGCAUAUGAAUGGGCCUAUAAAGCUGCCAAUUGUGGCUACCCCAAAGCACAAUUUACAUUAGGAUACUUUUUAGAAAAGGGGAAAGGAUGUGAAAAGGAUAUAAAUAAUGCGUGGAAAUGGUAUGAGGUGGCAGCAAAAAACAAUGAUCCAAGAGCAAAAAGAAAACUGGAAUCAAGAGAUCAAUCUACCUCCUCUGCACAAGAUGUUAGUUUGAAUGAAAGACCUCAUCAUGAGAGAUCAAGGAGCACUAACACAGUAAAUCUAUUUAAAUCCACCACAAAAGAACUUUUUAACAAUUUAGAUUCAGAUGAGGACAAAUUUACUGCAUCUGUUGAUGAAAUUGUUGGUUCGUUAAGCACACCAAUGGAAAUGAACCAGGACACAUAUACAUCUUCACCAGUAAAAAUGAACCCAAGUAGAUCAAUACCUGUUGAUACUCUUACUUCAAAUAAUAGCACUAGUAGUCAAAAUUAUUUUACGAAUGACAUUGGGAAUAAUUCCCCAAGAAAGCAAUCAUCUACUACAAAUAUACCAGUAAACAGUAAAAGUAAAUUUAAUACUACAUCAUUUUCAAAGAAGCCUAUAUCAAAGAGCUCAAACUAUGGCGAUGUAACAAAGAAAAAGAAAAAUUGUUUAAUUAUGUAA